GUUAACGCCUGACUGAACCAGGAGCUGCAGGUUUGUGUGUACCCUUUACUUUAUUCCCGAAGCUGAAUUCAGAUCAGCAGUAACUUGGAGCUUUAUCUAAAUGUGCUCAAUCCCGCCUCCUGCAAGGCAGCCCAAGGAUCUCGGAUAGUAAAAUGGCUGAAAAGCAGAAACACGAAGGCAGGGUAAAAAUAGGACACUACAUCCUCGGAGACACACUUGGAGUCGGAACAUUUGGAAAAGUGAAGAUUGGGGAGCACCAGUUAACAGGACAUAAAGUUGCUGUGAAGAUCCUAAACAGACAGAAGAUCCGCAGUCUUGAUGUUGUGGGGAAAAUCAAGCGAGAGAUUCAGAACCUGAAACUCUUCAGACAUCCACACAUUAUCAAGCUGUAUCAGGUUAUCAGUACACCUACAGAUUUCUUUAUGGUGAUGGAGUAUGUGUCCGGCGGGGAACUCUUUGACUAUAUUUGUAAGAAUGGAAGGGUGGAGGACACGGAGGCCAGACGUCUUUUCCAGCAGAUCAUCUCAGCGGUAGAUUACUGUCACAGACACAUGGUGGUGCACAGAGACCUCAAGCCUGAAAAUGUUCUGCUGGACGGCAACAUGAAUGCCAAGAUCGCUGACUUUGGUCUGUCAAACAUGAUGUCAGAUGGAGAAUUCCUGAGAACGAGCUGUGGAUCACCAAACUAUGCUGCACCAGAGGUCAUCUCAGGAAGAUUGUAUGCUGGUCCAGAGGUGGACAUCUGGAGCAGUGGUGUAAUUCUCUAUGCACUGCUGUGUGGGACUCUGCCGUUCGACGACGACCACGUGCCCACCCUCUUCAAAAAGAUCCGUGGAGGGGUCUUCUACAUCCCAGAAUACCUCAACCGUUCAGUGGCCAAUCUGCUGAUGCUCAUGUUACAGGUGGACCCGCUGAAAAGAGCCACCAUCAAAGACAUCAGAGAGGACGAAUGGUUUAAACAGGACCUGCCCGGCUACCUCUUCCCCGAGGACCCCUCGUACGAUGCCACGGUCAUAGAUGAAGAAGCCGUGCGAGAGGUUUGUGAGAAGUUCGAAUGCACCGAAGCUGAAGUUCUCAGCAGCCUCUACAGCGGCGACCCUCAAGACCAACUGGCCGUGGCGUACCACCUCAUCAUCGACAACCGGCGGAUCAUGAACCAGGCCAGCGAGUUCUACCUGGCCUCGAGUCCCCCGACCGGAUCCUUCAUGGAGGAGGGCAUGCCCCUGCCACCAGGGGUCAAACCUCACCCUGAGAGGAUGCCACCGCUACUAGCUGACAGCCCCAAGGCACGGUGUCCCCUGGAUGCCCUCAACACUACCCGACCCAAACCGCUUGCGGUGAAGAAGGCGAAAUGGCACCUGGGGAUACGGAGCCAGAGCAAACCCUAUGACAUCAUGGCUGAGGUUUACCGUGCAAUGAAACAGCUGGAGUACGAGUGGAAGGUUGUGAACCCCUAUCACCUGAGGGUGCGGAGGAAGAACCCUGUAACAGGAAAUUUUGUGAAGAUGAGUCUGCAGCUGUACCAGGUGGACAAUCGUAGUUACCUGCUUGACUUUAAGAGCAUUGAUGAUGACGUAAUCGAGCACAAGUCAGGCUCAUCCACUCCCCAGCGCUCCGGUUCUGCCGCCGGUCUCCAUCGUCCACGUCUCAGCAUCGACUUUGCAUCAGCGGCGGUUGAAAUGCCUCAGCUCAGCAGCUCAUUGCCUGGGUCGCUGACCGGUAGCUCACCCAUGCUGGCACCGCGGCAGGGAAGCCACACCAUGGACUUCUUUGAAAUGUGCGCCAGCCUCAUCACAACCUUGGCUCGCUAAGAUCACAGCAAGCUCACAACUAUACGUAACGUACACAUCAAAAAACGCUGUCCCCUGCUUGUCUUCACCUCUUGGAAAACAGAAGGUGAAGGGUUAAGGGAUUGUAAUUUCUAGAAUGGAAGGUACAAUCUCACAUUUGACCAAUAAUAGCACACAAAAACAUGUGUAUCCAAAUAGUGUUUGGACACUUAAGACCACAUUGAGUGUCAUUGCAUUAGAUAACAAAGUGGCAUCUGGAAACAAAUGAUGCUAGAGUUUUGCUUAAAGGUAUAAUGUGUUUUAGCGACAUCUAGUGGUGACAUUGCAAAUUGCAACCAACCUAAUAUCGAAACGCAAUGAGAAGCUACGGUAGCUGACAGAGGACAAACACGUAUAACAGUUUGUCCGUUUAGUUUACU